AUGAGCAAAGCUGUCCAGUUUGUGGGCUCUUCUGAUGACGGGAAUCAUCAGCUAGGUGGAAGUUAUUCUAUACCGCAGGAUUUACAGAACAGUAUUAGGUCAGAGUCUACUCAAGAUGAGGAUCCAGAUCCACUACAGAGGCAAAUGCAGUCGAGAAGUGUCCAAGGGAAACAAGAUGAAUACCAUAGAAGACCUGCUGAUGCUAACGAUAGGAAAAGGUCGCUGGCUCCAGCAGGCGAUGAGAGUAAUGAAGUCGUACCGCCAGCCAAGAAGAAAUCUAGAUGGGACGUGGGUGCAUAUGAGAUUCCAGAGACUUCAAGGGAAGUACAGAAGCAGUUAGUGGGCCGACUAGCAGAUGAUUUACCGGAGAAGUAUAGACUAAAAUUCUUUAAACCCUCAGAUCAAAAGCAUUUUGCUCCACUGCUAGCUAAUAAACCAACUGAGAGUCUCAGCAAGAGUGAAAAACAGGAAAUGUCACUUCUGCUGCUGCUAUUAAAGAUCAAAAAUGGUGAUAGUGCUUCAAGAAAAGCCUCUAUGAAGAUGCUUCGAGAUAAAUGUAGCGAUUAUGGACCCACAUUGAUACUUGAUUCCAUCCUCCCGAUUCUUCUAGACAGAACUUUGGAAGAUCAAGAGAGACACUUAAUGAUAAAGGUAAUUGGAAGAGUUUUAUUCAAAUUAGGAGGAGAGAUUAAGCCAUAUACUCAUAAAGUAUUGACAGUAAUUUCCCCAUUACUGAUAGAUGAAGAUCCGUUAGCUAGAGCCACAGGACGAGAAAUCAUUACAACUCUAGCAAAUGCAGCUGGACUAGUUGCGAUUAUCACAUCUGUCUCCAAGGAUAUUGACCACGAAGAUGAUUAUGUGAGAAAUACUACAUCAAAGGCUAUGGCUGUUGUCGGUAAGGCAUUAGGUAUUGCCAAUUUGAUACCAUUUUUAAAUGCGGUAUGUCAUUCAAGAAAAUCCUGGAGAAUCCGUCAAAGUGGUGUCAGAAUAAUUCAACAAAUUGGUAUCCUUAUGGGGAUUGGAGUUCUGCCGCACUUAGCAGGGUUAGUGGAAUGUCUUAGUGAUAGUUUAACGGACGCACAUAUACCUUUGAGAAUAGCAAGUGCUAAUGCGUUGGCUACUUUAGCUCAAAAUUCUUACCCAUACGGUAUAGAAGCAUUUAAUGUUGUUUUAGAAAGCCUGUGGAGAGGUGUCAGAACUCACAGAGGAAAAAUCCUAGCGGCUUUCUUGAAAUGUUUAGGCUCCCUGAUAUCAUUGAUGGAUGCUGAAUAUGCCGGUUAUUACACACAAGAAGUAAUGAGGAUUGUUAAAAGAGAAUUCAGUUCACCAGAUGACGAAAUGAAAAAAGCAGUUUUACUAGUACUUCAAAAAUGUAGUAGGACGGAGGGUGUGACUCCCAGAUACCUACGGGAAAACGUUGCCCAAGAUUUUUUCAAGAAUUUUUGGAUUAGACGUACUGCACUGGACCGCCAAAUUAACAAAAUGGUAGUUUUCACUACUGUGGUUCUUUCUGAAAAGAUCGGGGCAAAGUUCACCAUCGAGCACUUACUCAAACCGCUCAGAGAUGAAGCGGAACCUUUCAGAACGAUGGCCGUUGCAGCUGUCUCCCGAGUCGUAGAUUUACUAGGGACUGGUGAACUAGAUGAGAGGCUAGAGACACGUCUUAUCGAUGCCAUGCUAGUUGCAUUCCAAGAACAGACGAACAAAGACAGUUCGAUUUUUAAAGGAUUUGGGAUUGUUGCUGCAGCCUUCGAUAAAAGAAUGAAACCAUACAUUUCACCUAUUGUCAGUGCCAUUUUAGAUCAUCUGAGACAUAAGGACGCUAUAGCUCGUCAACAUGCUGCUGACUUAUGUGCCAUAUUCAUACCAGUUAUCAAAAAUUGUGGGGAGCUGGAUAUCCUAAACAAAUUGAAUAUAGUGCUUUAUGAAUCAUUAGGUGAGGUGUAUCCCGAAGUCCUAGGAUCCAUCCUCGGUGCUCUGUUCACAGCAGUUUGUGAAAUGGAUUUGUCAAUAAUUCAACCACCUAUUAACCAAAUCUUACCGACACUGACACCAAUCUUAAGGAACAGACAUAAGAAAGUUCAACUUAAUAGUAUCGACCUGAUAGGUAGGAUCGCUGCCUUAGCUCCGGAGUCGGUUCCACCCAAGGAAUGGAUGAGAAUUUGCUUUGAAAUGUUGGAAAUGUUAAAGAGCACUAAUAAGCCUAUCAGGAAAGCCGCUAAUGACACUUUUGGACUUAUUGCCAAUGCGAUCGGUCCCCAGGAUGUUUUGGUAACAUUACUUAACAAUUUGAAAGUUCAAGAAAGACAACUGCGUGUAUGCACAGCCAUUGCAAUAGGUAUAGUCGCAAAGACUUGUGGUCCCUACAUUGUUUUACCAGCUCUGAUGAACGAAUACAAGACACCAGAGACCAAUGUGCAAAACGGUGUUUUAAAGGCUAUGGCGUUCAUGUUUGAAUACAUCGGUGGAAUGUCUCAGGACUAUAUUUAUUUUAUCACACCUCUGAUAGAAGACGCAUUGACAGACCGUGAUUUAGUUCAUCGUCAAACUGGUGCCAAUGUGAUCAGACACAUCGCACUCCACUGCAGCGGUGCUGGGUACGAAGAAGCAUUCAUCCACAUGUUGAAUCUCUUGAUGCCCAACGUUUUUGAAACAUCGACACAUGCAAUUGUUCGUAUUUUGGAAGGAUUGGAGGCUCUUAGCCAUUCAGUGGGGCCUGGUAUAUUUAUGAACUAUAUCUGGGUUGGUUUAUUCCAUCCAGCUAAAGUUGUUCGCAAGGCAUUUUGGAAAGUUUACAAUAAUGUAUACGUCCAACAUACGGAUUCUUUGGUGCCUUAUUAUCCAUUACCCUCCGAAGAUGUUUACACAGUUGAAGAAUUGGACAUACUUUUGUAA